AUGCCCAAGCCGCCAUGUCCACCUGGGAAGGAUGAGCGGCACUUAGCACAGAAUCAAGGCGAGCGCUCUCAUUGGGGCCUCUUCGACCGCAUCGCCAAGACUGUCCGUGAUGUGGAUGAGCAUGGGCAGGUGGUGGCCUACAAAAGUCUGGCCUACAACUGUGGGGGCAAGGCCGUCGAAUUCCGACAGCCGCUGGAGGGCUCCGGGACCAAGCUCAUGCAUGGCGACUUCGCGCGCAAGAUUUCUCCCUCCGAGGAGGCGCUCGCGACCUUCAUCCUCAAGCGGCCCCGUGUCUUCCAUGCCCGGCGCGUGCUGGUCGUGGGAGCUGGCUUGGGCUUCGCUGGGCUCGUGGCCGGUGCAUGCACCAGCGCACGCGAGGUGCUGCUAACCGACGGUGAUCCGGAGGUGGUACGGGUGCUGGAGACGUCUCUGCAGCUCAACCAUGGCGCCUUCGACGAGUCCCGGGUGGCCGUGCAGCAGGUGCUUUGGGACCGCAUGGAGCAGUGGCCGCCACGCCAUUCCUUCGACCUGGUUAUAGGGGCUGACGUCGUGUACCUGGAGGACUUGCACUGGGCUCUGCUCGAGAUGCUCCUGAGGGUGCUGCGGCCGGGAGGACAGUUCCUCCUCUUCGCAUCGCGCCGAAAUGGCUCCCUGGAGAAGUUCCUGGCAACAUCGAAGUCGGUGUUCUCCACCGUGGAGGUCUCAACGGACUACGAUCCCGACGUGGACCAGGCCAUCGGCCGGAGCUCCAAGUGCUUCCCUGUCUUCGCAAAGCUCUCUGUGCCCGCAGAGGAGGCCGAGGACACGCAGGCAGUGCUGGAGUUGCGACGCCAGUUUGCCGAGCGGCAUGCGGCCGAACUGCGCAAGGCCGAGCGUGCUGAGCGACGUCGCGUCAAGGCGAAAGCGGCUCACCGUGCCAGGAGCCAGUCUCUUCUGGCAAGACGCGAACGCCGACUGCAGGCUCAAGAGGAGGAGGCGGCGCUGCCUCUCGCACCACCUGAGCCGAGCGAGCCGAGCGCGCCGAGGAAGCCGCUGCGGCCCACGGCGGAGAUCGAAGGGCGCUCGGAUUGGGGCCUCUUCGAGCGUGAGUGUGUGAACCAUGCAGAUUUCAAAGAGUUCACCUACAACUGCGAGGGCCACAAGGUGCGCCUCCACCGCACGCCAUCUUCCCCCCGGAUCUCUGCCUCGGCGGAGUCCCUGGCCUGCUGGGUGCUGAGGCAUCCCCGCUGCUUUCGCCGGCGCCGUGUGCUGGAAGUAGGCGCGGGUCAAGGCCUGCCGGGCCUUCUCGUGGCGGCCAGCGCGGAGGCCAAGCACGUGGAGUUUAGUGACGGCGACCCGCUGGCGCUGGAGGCCUUGGCUGAUGCGGUGAAGCUGAACGAAAGCUCCUUCGUAGCAGAUUCCACGUCAGUGUCCCGGCUGUCCUUCGGUGACGUGCUGGCUGGGAGGAAGUUCGAUUGGAUCAUCGCAUCGGAUAUCCUGGAAACAAAGGCUGUGAGGGCCUAG